AUGACUCAGCCGUACGUCCAGGACAGAGAGAUUGUCUUCGUCCCCCCGUCCCCCCGUCAGCACACAGUCAGCAAUAUUCCAGACCAGUGCUCUCCAUCUCCCUGUAAUCCUCGAGGUACGGUGCGCUGUGAGGACCAAAAGGGCGACUUCCUCUGCCACUGCUUCACUGGCUGGACAGGAGUCCGUUGUGAGAAAGUGGAUUGGUCCACGUUGCAGCCCACUGGCUGGACAGGAGUCCGUUGUGAGAAAGAUGUCAACGAGUGCAUCAAGAAGAAUGGAGGAUGUAACCACGAGUGUAACAACACUAUGGGUAGCUACCAUUGCUCCUGUCACCGCGGUUACAUGCUGGUCGGACCCCAGAGGUGUAACGACGUGGAUGAGUGCCAGGAUCCAGGUAUGUGUGGGACAGCGAGGUGUGUGAACCAGGAUGGAGCCUAUGACUGUCUGUGUGAGACGGGAUAUGUUUACGACAACAACACCAAGACCUGCCUAGAUGUGGACGAGUGUGAGCAGGGAGUGUGUGAGGAGUGUGUGAACACACCCGGUAGUUUCCGGUGUUUCUGUGACGGUCGGCAGGGCAAGAAGUUGAGCCACGACCUCAGGAGCUGUCAGGAGAUCACUACAUGCGUCUCUCUCACCAUGAAGAGGAACUCCCGUUCUCUCUACCUGGGCCGAAUGUUCAGCGGAGUCCCAGUGGUCAGGCUACGCUUCCGUAGGAGAGUCCAGACUGGCUUCUCAGCUGAGUUUGACCUCCGUACCUUUGACCCAGAGGGGGUCAUCUUCUUCGCUGGUGGUCACCUGAACAGUUCUUGGAUUGUUCUUGCAAUGCAUCAUGGGAAACUGGAGCUGCAGCUGAGGUACGGGGCGGUCAGCCGGGUCACCAGCAGCGGGCCUGCCGUCAACGACGGACAGUGGAGAAAGAUCUCAGUGGAGGAGCAGGGGCGGAGUCUGGUGAUUAAGAUUGACAGGGAGGCAGUGAUGAAGAUAGCUGUGAAUGGAGAUCUGUUCACCCUGAAGAAAGGCAUGCAUGAACUCAACCUGACUGUAGGGGGCGUCCCUUUCAAAGAGGACAGUCUCAUCAACCAGGUGAACCCGAGGUUUGAUGGCUGUAUGCGUGAGUGGCGCUGGUUAACCGGAGAGGAUACGUCCAUUCAGGAGACCAUCAGGUCUAAUGACAACAUGCAGUGUUUCAGUACAGAAAACCCCGGAACCUAUUACCCUGGGACAGGCUUCGCUCUGUUCAACAUCACAUACGCAGAGUCCCAGUCUCUGAGUAUCCAGCUGACUCUGAGACCAGCCUCCACUGUUGGGGUUCUCUUGGCCCUGGUUUAUCAGGACAGCGUCCCUCUCUCCAUCUCUCUCUCCGACUACCACAGAGACAACCAGGAGUGGCGGGAGUAUGUCCUGGUCUCUGUGGGUGAUGUGAUCGUGGCCAGCGCCCCGGCCUUCCUGUGUGAUGCAGAGGUUCAUGAGGUCAAUGUGACGGUCAGUGGGAACCUGACCAUACUAGAGGUGGACGGUCAGCCUGGACAGAGUCACACCACACCUGGACAGGAGACGGUUGACCUCAGCCUGCCUUCAACCACCUUUAUAGGAGGGCUCCCCGACGUGCCCCUGGUGUCGACCCUGGUGUCGUCGUUCUACAGCGGCUGCAUGGAGGUGACGAUCAACGGCCUGGCUCUGGACCUGGACGAGGCCUUCCACAAACACAACGACAUCCGCUCCCACUCCUGUCCUCUGCUGGGGGGGGCCUUGUGACCGCUGCAGUCCCCUUCAGCCCCGUCCUCACUGGAGCAGGGGGGAGUUGCCCCUAGACACUGAUCUUGGGUCAGUUUGACAUUUCCCCCACAGGAUUAGGGGGAAUGGAAGCUGAUCCUAGAUCUGUAGCAAGGGGAGACUUCACCCUGUCCACUACAGUCCACCAUAACCCACAGGGCCUUAACCUAAGCACGGACUGAGUCCCAAAUAGCACUCUAUUCCCUAUGUGACCCCUAUGGGUUCUGGUCAAAACUAGUGCACUAUUUAGGGAAUAGGGUGCCAUUUGGAAUGUACCCAGGAGCUGGCCGAGUGGCCAACCCUUCUCCUGACCAACUCUCAGUCAUUCUGCCCUCAGCGUGAUUGAAUGUAGGAGCAGCACUCUCACAUCUGAGGUUGCAGGUGCGUAGGAAAAUUCAGUGAUAUCUCAAAAACAAAAAUCCAAUAUUUCACACGGCUCUUUCACACAGUAUGUUUUAGUGUAAUGAGCUUAUGUAUCGGCCUCACGGCCUUCGUCAGAGCUCACGGCCUUCGUCAGAGCUCACGGCCUUCGUCAGAGCUCACAGUGAUCAAACUGGAUCCAUAAGUGGAAUAACUGGCAGUACUCCAGAAGAGGUUUGGUCAACUGACCCAGUCCAUUGUGGAACAAACCCUAUAAGGUGUGUGGGGGUGUAAUUCAGUAGCACAAGGCUUUGUUGUUGUAAAACUUGCACACCAUCGCAGGUGAAAAUGGACUGAGUUUAAUAAAAACAUCUGUUCGGUGCUUUUCCAACUUACUGCAAACUUAGUCUACCUGCAAUUUAGCUCUGCACACUGCCUACAGAUUACAGCAUAGGGCCUUCUGUUCAUAUGACCCCAUUAAAGACCCUUCCUUCCCCUCCCAAACCAUGCUUCUAGUCCUCCACAGUUACAUCCACCCCACCGUCAGCCAAUGAAACACUCCAAUACUGUCCCCCUUUCACAUGCCCCGCCCUCCUUCCCUCAGUAUCACCAAUCAGCACAUGCCAGGAACACACUUUAAGCCAAUCAGACGAGGCUAAUUAACAUGCAGUAACCAAUCAGACACACGGGGAAGGGCAUCAAGAGCACUGCUUCACCCCACUGAGCUACUGAGAGAAUAGGAGUGGAAGUGUUGUAAUAUACUGUAUGUGUAAAUAAUGUGAUGCUUUUUAGAGAAAAAAAAGACAAAAGGAAACAAAUAAAGACCUGAACACAUUGAGAUAAUCACCCAAAACAGUUCCACUUCUCUACAGAAUGUCAGAACAAACAUCAUCAUCAUUUCAUUAGGCCAGAAAGGGCUACAGUAUUUCCUCCUCUGGGAUCGAGAGUUUCUGAUGAGUUUCACAAUGGAGCGAUCGAUGGUUUUCUCCUCUGUGUUGUGUGUUUAUUAUACUAUAGGUUUGUUUGGCUGCUGAUUUGUUCUCCUGUCUUUAAGUCUUUACAUCCCUGAUCACAUCAAUUCAGUCUGAUUUGAAAACGUAAUAAAGAUGAUGACAUGGGAGUUUUAAAA